GUCGGACCCGAACGCGGCGCAACAAAAUGGCGGCGGGAUUUUAACGGGCUGCUCGGAACCGGGUGACGUCAGAUUAUGUUUUAUGACGUGGAUUUACUGUAUUCCAGCUGUGUCUUUUGAUGUGACUGCUCUUGCCGGAUUUGUCCUCUGAAGAUGGAUGUGUGUGACCUGUUACCGAACACAACCUAGUCGACGGCUAAUUGUUACUUAGAUGUUUAAUGUGGCGCACGGAUGAUCUCUAUGGGUUGCAUCUGGCUUUCGGAUACAAUUUUUCAACCAUGGUAAAACUUGCAAACCCUCUGUACACGGAGUGGAUUUUGGAAGCCAUACAAAAAGUAAAAAGACAAAAGCAGCGUCCUUCGGACGAACGUAUUUGUCACGCAGUGUGCGUAUCUCAUGGUCUUGAUAAAAGGCUUGUACUUGAACAGCUUGAACUCAGUGUACAGGAUGGCUCGGUUCUCAAGGUUAACAACAAAGGGGUGGUUUCAUACAAGGAUCCAGAAAACCCUGGGCGCCUUACAAAUAUCAAGCCUGGUCCUCUACCUAAAGCAGCCAAAGGCCAGCGAGCUGUAAGUACAGAUCUGCGCACUGUGGACUGGAAUAAACUUCUUCGUAGGGCACUAGAAGGCCUUCAGGAAUCCAAUGGCUCAACACUUAAGAAUAUUGAGAAAUAUUUGCGUAGCCAGAAUGAUUUGGUUGGAAUUGUGGCGAAUCCCAUUUUCCAGAGGAGGCUGCGUCUAGCGACCAAGAGGGCUGUUAACAGCGGGAGGAUACUGAAAGAUGGCCCACAAUAUAGGAUUAACUAUGGUGGAUCGGAAGUGAAAGGAGUAUCCAAAUAUUCUUCCUCUUCCAUGCUUCCUCUCGUCAGUCUCCUUCCACAUGAGAAGGACCAG